AGAUAUCCGGGGCGGGGAGUGGCGGCUUCCGGAUCCAAUCGGGAGGCUUGUUUUGCUUGGGCAGAGCCAGAAACCGCUGCCUCUUUUCUCCCCUUGGGUUGCAAAAGCAGCAGCAGCAGCUGGAAAGCGGAAGCAGGUUGCUGCAUUUAUUUAGGAUUGGACCCAGCCGUUGACCUGCGAACCGGCAGAGGUAGAAAGUAACAGAGUUGGAAGGGACCUUGGAGGUCAUCUAGUCCAACCCCCUGCUCACGCAGGAGACCUGUACUAGGGAUUCAACCGCCGUGCUGUAAACACAGAUCCCCCGCCCCUCGGCUGAUGCGGUAGGAAAAGUCCUCGGGAUAACGCAGAGGGAAAUCCUCGUAGGAAACUUGACCGGCCGGUCCCUGAUUCCCUUCGGCUUUGGCUUUGAAGUUUUCCUAAAAGGACGCCACAGCCUUGGCGUGCCAGGUGGGUUGCGAAAGGAGCACCCCGGACGUGGGAUUCAGAUUACGGCUAUACUCCAGAGGAGGCAGAUGGGGAAGGAACUGGGGAGACCGUCUGGCCACCUCCUGGAUUUAAAGUGGUGCUGAGCUUAAACACUGGAAAUGUACAGAUAACCUAAAAUGGAGAAAGCAAACAGCCCCAGCUUGCAACUAGAACAGCUGGUGACCCAGCCAGUCCCUCUGACAGCCCACGAGGAUGCCUUCUCUUACAAGGAAAAUCUGAUUGGUGCCUUGCUGGCUAUUUUUGGGCACCUGACGAUCAGCAUUGCUCUCAACCUCCAGAAAUACAGUCAUAUCCGGUUGGUGAGUUGCAAAGAGACAAAGGCUUAUUUUAGGACCAAGACAUGGUGGUGCGGUUUGUUCCUUCUCUGCCUGGGAGAAUUGGGGGUCUUCUCCGCCUAUGCUUUUGCACCCGUGUCUCUGAUUGUGCCUCUGGGGGCCGUCUCUGUCAUAGCAAGUGCAAUCAUUGGAGUCAUAUUCAUCCGGGAAAAAUGGAAACCUAAAGACUUCAUGAGGCGUUAUGUUUUGUCCUUCAUAGGCUGCGCCUUAGCCAUUGUUGGGACGUACCUGCUAAUCACUUUUGGGCCGAACAAUCACGAAGUCAUGACAGGGGAGAACAUCAGAAAGCACUUGGUCAGCUGGCCAUUCCUUCUGUACAUGCUGGUGGAGAUCAUUCUGUUCUGCCUGCUUUUAUAUUUCUACAAGGAGAGGAAAGCAAACUACGUGGUGGUGAUUCUGCUUCUGGUAGCCCUCCUGGGUUCCAUGACUGUUGUUACCGUCAAAGCCGUGGCGGGCAUGAUAGCAGUUUCCAUUCGGGGGAACAUGCAGCUGGGUUACCCCAUCUUCUACAUCAUGGUGGUGUGCAUGGUGGCAACCACAGCCUUUCAGGCAGAGUUUUUAACCCAGGCUUCCCACUUGUAUGAUGUAUCCCAGAUCACCAGUGUGGGUUAUAUCCUGUCUACUGUGAUAGGAAUUACAGCAGGUGCAACUUUUUAUUUGGACUUUAUAGCAGAGGACGUUCUCCAUAUUUGUCUGUUUUGCUUGGGAUGCCUCAUUGCCUUUUUAGGUGUCUUUUUGAUCACUAGAAACAAGAGGAAGUGCGUCUUUUUUGAGCCUUACAUUUCCAUGGACGCCAUGCCAGGCAUGCAGAAUCUGCACGACAACGGAACUGCAGUUCAACCUGAACUGAAGACUUCUUUUUCCUACGGUGCCCUGGAAAGCAAUGAUAGCAUCUCCGAAAUCUAUACUCCUGCUACAUUAACCAUUGUCCAGGAAGAACAUGCUUCUUGUCGGAUCAAGUCACACAACAAAAGCGAGUGAAUGCUCUUUGGAGAAUUGCUGUAGGUGUGGUUAUCUAUUUAUUACCCCUCCCUUUCUGUUAUUUCACUCAUUGAGCCCAGAAGACAGCUGAAGUAGGGAUGAACUCACAUAAUAAUUCUAAAAAACAAAUACUGAUUAAGGAUCACGUACCUGCAGAUACAAAAGUAUUCCACCGUAAGCUGAAUUGCAUUGGAAUCCGAACAGCUCCAACAUUGAAAACACAGAAGGCAUUUGAG